UGCCAGAACACUAGCCAAUCAGACGCUCCCGUUUAGUGCGUGCACCGUGCUAUUGGACGCCGAGGUGUACAACAUGCCGCAGGAUGCCCAGGCAAGUGGCAUGAUGUCACGUACUGUAGAAUCAGGAGACCAAGAUGGCAAGACGUCUGUCAGGGAUCGUUUCAACGCCCGCCAGUUUAUGUCCUGGUUGCAAGACGUGGACGACAAGUUCGAUAAACUCAAGACGUGUCUUCUGAUGAGGCAGCAGCACGAGGCAGCAGCUCUUAAUGCUGUCCAGCGUCUCCAUUGGCAGCUGAAACUCCAGGAGCUGGAGCCAGUCGUGUACAAGUGCACCUCCAUCUUCGAGAUACCCGAGUUCUACAUCCCCCUGGUGGAGGUCAACGACGACUUUGACCUCACGCCCAUAUGACCCGUGACUUUUAGGCUACACGACCCACGGUAAGGGUCAGGCAGAGGACUGAUGAGGACCGAUCAUCUAGUGGCCAUCUACCUCGAACAGGAAUGAAGUGAUGGGGGGGGUCACAUGUUAGAAGGAAUGAGGUAGAGAAAAGAAAGGUCAAGCACUGAAGUUGACGGAACUUGGGGGUGCGUGGUUAGAGAGCACCGCUCUUGGGGGUGCGUGGUUAGAGAGCACCGCUCUUGGGGGUGCGUGGUUAGAGAGCACCGCUCUUGGGGGUGCGUGGUUAGAGAGCACCGCUCUUGGGGGUGCGUGGUUAGAGAGCACCGCUC